AUGGACGGGUACCUUCAGCCUCCGACCGAGAACAGCGAGGAGGCGAGCGGAUCCAAAAUGGCGCCGGCAGCCUUAUCCCCGCGGGAGCCACAUGGUGCUGCAUUAGAGAGGAUUGGAGAUGAACUCCGCUCCCUAUCCUCCGCUAUGGCUACCAAAGCUGACCUCCUGGUCCUCACCACCACCAUCCAGGAUGCCUUAAGGGCAGAAAUGGCGGGCAUUCGCACGGAAGUUGCGGCCCAGGCUGGCCGGAUCAGAGAAGUGGAACACACGCUGGAGGCCCAUACUGUGAGACACACAGCAACUGACAUGGCCCUAACACGCCAAGGUGAGCUCUUACUUAAUAUGAGACGGACGGUAGAGGACCUAGAUAACCGAGGGCGCAGGUGUAACAUCAGGGUGCGCGGGCUCCCUGAACCGGACAGGGGGGUAGAAAACGUGGAGGAAAUCCUCACAGGACUAUUUCAGCUGAUACUAGGGGACGGCGCACCGCGCACCAUUAAAUUUGACAGGGCCCAUAGAGCCCUACGCCCCAGAUCCCCUGAGGAAGGCCCCCGAGACCUGAUCUGCUGCUUACACUCUUUCAAAGAAAAAGACGCAAUAAUGAAAGCAUCCCGUUCACGGCAGACAUGGGAAUAUGGGGGUGCAUCAGUUUCCCUCUACAAUGAUAUCUCACCUAUUACACUGGAAGCACGGCGAGCACUAAAGCCCCUGACAGCGGCUCUACAAGAAAGAAAAAUACCCUACCGUUGGGGCUUCCCCUUUGCCCUCCUUGCCCGCCACCAAAAUGGCUGGGCAUCGGCUAGAUGGCCCGAAGAGAUACCGGGAUUUUUGGAGGAGUUGGGUCUCCCCCCGAUCCCAGUUCCAGACUGGGUGCUGGGCCCACCGGGAGGUAGACCCAGACCGCAGCGGGCACCCAGAAGACGAGGGGAAGACCCACCACGAGGACCGGAACCCCGCAGGCGUCAUGCCCCAGGGGAGCCGGAACAAUGA